UCUGGGUGUGUAGCCCCGCCCCGCGGCUCCCUUCUCCUUCCUGCUCCUCCGGUCGGCCGGCUACAUUCCCUGCUACUGUACAGCCCGAGAAACGCUGAUCAGAAAGCGACGCAGCGCAAAGAAACCCCAGAAAAAUGGCAUCAGGUGUGACAGUGAACGAUGAGGUCAUCAAGGUGUUCAACGACAUGAAGGUGAGGAAGUCUUCGACUCAGGAUGAAGUGAAGAAGAGGAAGAAGGCAGUGCUGUUUUGUCUCAGUGAAGACAGGAAAAAGAUCAUUGUGGAAGAGGGAAAGGAGAUCCUGGUGGGAGACAUUGGAGAGACUGUGGACGACCCCUAUGCCUGCUUUGUCAAGCUCCUCCCCCCCGAUGACUGUAGAUACGGCCUGUACGAUGCCACCUAUGAAACAAAGGAGUCCAAGAAGGAGGACCUGGUUUUCAUUUUCUGGGCUCCAGAGAGCGCUCCGCUGAAGAGCAAGAUGAUCUACGCCAGCUCUAAAGAUGCCAUCAAAAAGAAGUUUACAGGUAUCAAACACGAGUGGCAGGUGAAUGGGCUGGACGACAUCCAGGACCGCACUACGCUGGCUGAGAAGCUCGGCGGUAACGUGGUGGUGUCUUUGGAGGGCAAGCCGCUGUGAUGUCACAGUGGCAAGCUGAGCGGAGUCAAGCCAACCGCUGUGCCAUCAGGACCGAAGCAACCAACCCCACCUGAACACCGCCACUUCACCCAGCAGCUUGCUCUGUCUAUAUCCAUGUCAUGAAGGAGUUAGCGUCUUUAGACCUCCUUGUUUUUGUUUUUGGUUCUUUUUGCUUUUUUUUCCCCCCAACAUGGAGAUCUCAUUAACAUAAUUAUAUGCAAACAUCUCCCAGUUUGUUGCUAUGUGACUUCUGUUCACCUGGCAGAAACAAAACGACAAAAAACACUACCAAACCCCAGAAAGGUUGUCUCUCGCUCUCGCUCUCUCUCUCCCCCUCUCCCUCCUCUCUCUCUCUCCCCUCUCUCUCUCUCUCACAGCCAGAGUUUUGCCAAAAAGUCUACAUGAAGGAAGCAGCCACGUGUGGGGAGAGAGCGCCACAAAGCACUGCCUCCUGCCGCACACGGGUCGCACUCAUGACGCUUUUUACAUAUGACUUUAUUUAUUAUUGUAAACUGUUGUAUCCUUUCCAGUAUAUUCAACCAGGCAGACACAUUGUGUUAGACUAUGCAUUCAGGAGAUGAUGAAUAUCCAGCACUUUUUGUUGAGACACUACAGGUUGAGACAUAAAAGAUCCUGAUGUUAAAUUCUCUGUAUUUAUGUUCCCACACUAAGGUUUGUUUACCUCAGUUUUCAUACUUGUCACACUUCCCAUCGUUUAGCUGUUUGGUCGUCGCCUUAUUUCAGUUUGAAUGUAACCGUCACAGCAGAGUUAGAGUGCACUUUUGUUUUGUAAAGAAGCACUACAGGAAGCAGAUUUGACCCCAGCAGUGAGAGAUGACCCCCACAACAAUAUCUGGAGCCUUAAAGUGGAACGUUGUUUCUGAGAUCACAGGAAGCCACUUUGCAAUAAAAAGCCUGUGGCAGA